GACUGGGUCACGUGAUUCCCUUCAAAGAUGGCCGCCCUGUUGUUUUGAUGAAUAAUACUUGGUGAGAGGGGUAAGAGUAGGGGUGGAGGGGUAGGAGGAUUUACGCUUCCAACGAGAGCAUCGCGAGUCCAUCCUCCCCCUCCCCCCGGCCCGGGUUCCAGCGUGGAGGAGGGGCGUGUCCGGCCUGCUUUUAGAAGGGAGGGACUUCUGUACAGCGCAGGGCUCCGCCAGGGCGGCUGUGGGGUCUCUUUGCUUCGGGGCAUCCACUGUGCGGUGGAGUCGUUCCCGCCAGAGGCCGAGGGUCGGAAGGAGAGAGCAGGAUUCGCUGAAGAAGACGCAGCUGCAGCGCCGCCACACGCAGGCUGUGGGCGCGAGAGGAGCUGGAGACCGCGCCGUCCCUCAGGGUAACCUGGGCGGUGAGGACAGCGAGUGGCGCCUUCUGCUCACCCUGUCGCAGCGGCGGCCAGAGGCGGCUGCUGGGGGCGCGAGCAGCUGAGGGAGUCUCAGAGGCGACGGGAGCGACCCAGUCAAGGCAAUUCAGUGCCUCGUGUUCUUAUUUUUUAACCUCUGACUAUGCAAUUCUGAAACCUCCCCCAUACGGGGGACCAGACAGCCUGCUAGACACCUUCCCCUCGCUUUGCUCCCGCCCUGGUCUCGAGAACAGAAGGACCUCUCCUAACGCCUGUCACCAUUAAGAGGAAAGCGAUGGAGGAGCUGAGCGCUGAUGAGAUUCGCCGGAGGCGCCUGGCACGACUUGCUGGUGGACAGACCUCCCAACCCACCACCCCGCUCACCUCGCCCCAGAGGGAGAACCCUCCCGGGGCCCCGAUCGCAGCGUCAGCCCCGGCCCCCUCCCAGAGUCUCGGCCUCAACGUCCAUAACACGACCCCAGCUACCUCCCCGAUAGGCACUGCAGGAGUCGCCCACCGGAGCCAGAGCAGCGAGGGCGUCAGCUCUCUUAGCAGCUCGCCUUCCAACAGCCUGGAGACGCAGUCUCAGUCCCUCUCGCGCUCCCAGAGCAUGGAUAUCGAUGGUGUCUCCUGUGAGAAAAGCAUGUCCCAGGUGGACGUGGAUUCAGGGAUUGAAAACAUGGAGGUUGAUGAGAAUGACCGGCGAGAGAAGAGGACACUUGGGGACAAGGAGGGUGCCCCGGGCCCAGAAGUGUCUGAAGAGCAGGCCUUGCAGCUGGUCUGUAAGAUCUUCCGCGUCUCCUGGAAGGACCGGGACAGAGAUGUCAUCUUCCUGUCUUCUCUCUCUGCACAGUUCAAGCAGAACCCAAAAGAAGUGUUCUCUGAUUUUAAGGACUUGAUUGGCCAGAUCUUAAUGGAAGUGCUCAUGAUGUCUACUCAGACCCGAGACGAAAACCCAUUCUCCAGCCUCACCGCCACGUCCCAGCCCAUCGCCGCAGCAGCUCGGUCGCCGGACCGAAAUCUCAUGCUGAAUACCGGCUCCAACCCAGGGACCAGCCCCAUGUUUUGCAGCCUGGGCUCCUUCGGUGCCAGCUCCCUGUCUAGUUUGGGAGCCUCGGGAGGUGGAGCAAGUAGCUGGGAUUCCUACAGCGACCAUUUCACCAUUGAAACCUGCAAGGAGACAGACAUGUUGAACUACCUCAUUGAGUGUUUUGACCGAGUUGGAAUAGAGGAAAAAAAAGCACCAAAGAUGUGCAGCCAGCCAUCAGUGAGCCAGCUUCUGAGCAACAUCCGCUCGCAGUGCAUCUCCCACACGGCACUCGUGCUGCAGGGCUCGCUGACGCAGCCCAGGUCCCUGCAGCAGCCGUCCUUCCUCGUGCCAUACAUGCUGUGCAGGAAUCUCCCUUACGGCUUCAUCCAGGAGCUGGUGAGGACGACUCACCAGGACGAGGACGUCUUCAGACAGAUCUUUAUCCCCAUUUUGCAAGGCCUGGCUCUUGCUGCCAAAGAAUGCUCCCUCGAUAGCGACUACUUUAAAUACCCCCUCAUGGCGUUAGGUGAACUCUGUGAAACCAAGUUUGGGAAGACACAUCCCAUGUGCAAUCUGGUUGCCUCUCUGCCCUUGUGGCUGCCGAAACCCUUAAGCCCCGGCUCCGGGCGGGAGCUGCAGAGACUCUCUUACUUGGGAGCCUUCUUCAGCUUCUCCGUCUUUGCCGAAGACGAUAUUAAAGUAGUUGAAAAGUACUUCUCGGGGCCUGCCAUUACCCUGGAGAACACUCGCGUGGUCAGCCAGUCCCUGCAGCACUACUUGGAGCUGGGAAGGCAAGAGCUCUUCAAGAUUCUGCAUAGUAUUUUGUUAAACGGUGAGACCCGGGAGGCGGCCCUCAGUUACAUGGCAGCUGUCGUCAAUGCCAACAUGAAGAAGGCGCAGAUGCAGACAGACGAUCGAUUGGUGUCUACAGAUGGAUUUAUGCUGAAUUUCCUCUGGGUACUGCAGCAGCUGAGUACAAAGAUCAAGUUAGAAACAGUUGACCCCACGUAUAUAUUCCACCCGCGCUGCCGGAUUACACUGCCCAACGACGAGACGCGCGUGAACGCGACCAUGGAGGACGUGAACGAGUGGCUGGCUGAGCUCUAUGGAGAUCAGCCUCCGUUCUCGGAGCCCAAGUUCCCCACUGAGUGCUUCUUCCUCACGCUGCACGCGCACCACCUCUCCAUCCUGCCCAGCUGCCGCCGCUACAUCCGCAGGCUCCGCGCCAUCCGGGAGCUCAAUAGAACUGUGGAAGAUCUGAAAAAUAAUGAAAGCCAGUGGAAAGACUCCCCGCUGGCAACCAGACACCGCGAGAUGCUAAAGCGCUGUAAAACUCAGCUUAAGAAACUGGUACGGUGCAAGGCCUGUGCUGACGCUGGCUUACUUGACGAGAGCUUCCUGAGAAGAUGUCUGAAUUUUUAUGGCCUUCUCAUUCAGCUGCUGCUCCGCAUCCUGGACCCUGCAUAUCCCGACGUAACACUGCCUUUAAGUUCAGAUGUCCCCAAGGUAUUUGCAGCAUUGCCAGAGUUUUACGUAGAAGAUGUUGCUGAAUUUUUAUUUUUUAUUGUACAAUACUCGCCUCAGGUGCUCUAUGAGCCCUGUACUCAGGAUAUCGUGAUGUUCCUUGUCGUGAUGCUGUGUAACCAGAACUACAUCCGGAAUCCGUACCUAGUGGCCAAACUUGUCGAAGUCAUGUUCAUGACCAACCCUGCUGUUCAGCCGCGAACCCAGAAGUUUUUUGAAAUGAUUGAGAACCACCCACUCUCCACCAAAUUGUUGGUACCUUCCCUGAUGAAGUUCUACACAGAUGUUGAGCACACUGGAGCCACCAGCGAGUUCUAUGACAAGUUCACCAUUCGCUACCACAUCAGCACCAUCUUUAAAAGCCUCUGGCAAAAUAUAGCUCACCACGGCACCUUCAUGGAGGAGUUCAAUUCCGGGAAGCAGUUUGUUCGCUAUAUAAACAUGUUGAUAAACGACACAACGUUCUUGCUCGAUGAAAGUCUGGAGUCGCUGAAGCGGAUCCACGAGGUGCAAGAAGAGAUGAAGAACAAAGAACAGUGGGACCAGUUGCCUCGGGAUCAGCAGCAGGCCCGGCAGUCUCAGCUGGCUCAGGACGAGCGUGUCUCCCGCUCUUACCUCGCCCUGGCGACAGAAACGGUGGAUAUGUUCCAUAUCCUCACCAAGCAGGUCCAGAAGCCAUUCCUCAGACCGGAACUCGGACCCCGAUUGGCUGCGAUGCUGAACUUCAAUCUUCAGCAGCUCUGUGGCCCCAAGUGCCGUGACCUGAAAGUCGAAAACCCGGAGAAGUAUGGCUUUGAACCAAAGAAGCUGUUGGACCAGCUCACGGAUAUUUACCUGCAGCUGGACUGUGCUCGCUUUGCGAAAGCCAUCGCCGAUGACCAGAGAUCCUACAGCAAGGAGCUGUUUGAAGAAGUUAUUUCAAAGAUGCGGAAGGCAGGGAUCAAGUCCACCAUAGCAAUAGAGAAGUUUAAACUCCUCGCGGAGAAAGUGGAGGAGAUUGUGGCCAAGAACGCACGCGCAGAAAUCGACUACAGCGAUGCCCCGGAUGAGUUCAGAGACCCCCUGAUGGACACCUUGAUGACAGACCCUGUGCGCCUGCCCUCCGGCACCAUCAUGGACCGCUCCAUCAUCCUGCGGCACCUGCUGAACUCCCCCACUGACCCGUUCAACCGGCAGACGCUGACCGAGAGCAUGCUGGAGCCAGUGCCAGAACUAAAAGAACAGAUCCAGGCGUGGAUGCGAGAGAAACAGAACAGCGAUCAUUAACUGACCCCUUCACCACCCUCUGCUGGAAGCAGCCGGGGCCAGCGGGGCAGGCAGGAGCAGCCCCUGGGCUGAAACCGCUGCUGUGUUGGGGCAGGUCGUGCCCCCGUCCCUGCAAGCCCAUCUCGAGCGACCAAACUGCAGAGACCGGCAGGGCCCCGGCUGGGAAGAGGCGCCCAAUGCCUGUACAUAUAUUUAAGUGACACACAGUCAGGAGCCUAAGGGACGAGCUUGAUGAAUGCUUACGUGAUGAAGUGUGUCCCUCACAUGUCACAGUUGGGGCUUUGGUGACGAAAGCGUUUAGUGAUGACAAAUGGGUCCGGGCAGCGGUCCCCUUCAUCCUUUUUUGUUUUUGUUUUGUUGGUGUUUUUAAAAUCCAAUAUCCGUUGAUUUGAUUGUGAUUAGAGAACUUGGACAUUUUGCUGCUAAAGAAUCUUCCCCUCCUCCCCUCUACCUGACCCUACUUGUACUGCUGUGGAUUUUUUUUUUUAAAGAAGCAAAAACACAAACAAGCUCCUUUCCCCAGCCCUCCAAACAUAUAUUCUGUGAGAUAACUGUGCCUGCAACAAAGUGUUAAUCCUGGGAUCGUAUUUUUAUAUCAUAUUCACAUAUUUCUUUUUUAAUUAAUUGGUAUUAGAUGACAUGAUUAAUAAAAAAGGCAAGAUAUUUUCAGAAUUUGAAUUUCAGGGUUUUUUUUUUUUUUUCCUUUUGAAAUGUCCCUUUUAAAUUUUUUUUUUUUAUGACAAACCAAAUGAAGAGAACCCUGUCACUCUCUGGUCUUUAGAACAAGCCCUGUUAGGCAUCGGAGGAGCUGUUACACAGUGGAGGGCCUUACCUAGUCCUGGAUGGCCGGGUUUUUGAAGGGGAAUGAGGGUUGUUUUCUUUUCCUUUUUUCUUUCCUUUUUCCUUUUUUUUUUUUUGAAAUACUGUGUCAGUUCAAACCUCCACCUUUAUCCGCGGGAGGGUAGAUGAAUUCCUCAGCCUUCAGGUCAGGGGUUGGAGGCGGGGCUCAUUUGUACACCGCGUCCUUUGGGGUUCGGCCUUACCAAAGCAGAACAGAGUGCAAGAAAUGUGGACGUGUGUCUGCUGCUUUCAACACACAGACAAACAUGCACUCGCACACACAUGCGCGCGCGCACACACACACAUACACACACAUUUUGUAUUACUGCUCCCUACGUGACAUACUUGAAUUCUUCAGUUUCCUUUGGAAUAAAAAAAUGGUUUGAAACCAUGAAGUGUUUUGGAAGAAACUGUCUGAGAAACAUUCUUUCUUUUAUCUUUUCCUCCCUCCCCUCCACAAUGUCCUCUGUUCGAUUCCUAACGCAAACGACAAUAAACAGUGAUACACAGCAA